AUGUCAUUUGGUCGUCCAGGAAAUAUGCGAGAAACCUUCACGGUGAGUCCGCCGGACCGAGGCUCGUUCCCGCUGGACCACUUCCACGACUGCUCGUCGUUCAUGAAGAGCUACCUGGCCUGUCUGCAGACCAACCAACGAGACCAAUCGAAGUGUCGGCUCGAGUCCAAGAACUACCUUGGCUGCAGGAUGGAGAAGGGCCUCAUGGCGCGCGUCGGCUGGGAAGAGCUUGGACUCGCCGAUGUCCCCGGGAACGGCGGGAUGAAGGACGACCCGGCCCUUUAA